CGAAGUAAACGGGCUUCCACUGUAUUGUUUCAGUACACGCGUUGUUCAACACUACUUCAAAACAAAAAGCGACGCCAUGGCAGAUUUAUCGCUACAGCAAGUGCUCGAGCUGCGCGACAUCCUGCAAUCCUUCAACAGUCACAAAGAUACCUACAUGGACCUGUAUCGGAAAAUCGUAAAGAAACACUACACAACAGAACUAAACAACUUGAUCCAAAGCGAAUUCAACAUUCUAGAUGCAGAAUUAAACGUUCCCAAAAUACCGCCGCUCUCCGUUGACCCAGAAGAUUACUCACCCAUGUUUCACCUCAGCAAAUUGGAGGAAAUCUACGAGGCCACCAAGGAAAACUUGUCUUGGUUGUAGGACUGUUCCGAUCGAUCCUUGGUACUAUUCAGCCAGUAACUGUGUAGGACCCGAUGAGUGUGCUGGAGGCACUCGAACGAUGGGGAUUGGCUCUGGAAGAUGAAAUAUUUAUUAGUUUAAAUCAAAAUAUAUACGAAAGGAAGGAAAUUACAUUGAAUAAUGGUAUAACGGGUCGCUUCUUAAACAGACUUCCUUUCGUUCGUAAAAUCAACAUGUACUUCACAUCCAACUGAAAAGAGAUGGCACCUUUUUAAAAUCCGUA